UGUGAAGCAGUAAGUAUGGCUUGUGUGGAGAUAGACCUUGGAAAGCUUCCAUUUGACAUUGAUUUUCAUCCAUCUGACCACCUUGUUGCUGCUGCUCUCAUCACUGGUGACCUCCUCUUGUACCGUUACAAUGCUGAUUCUCUGGCUCAAAAGUUGUUGGAAGUUAAAGCUCAUAGUGAAUCAUGUAGAGCUGUUCGGUUUAUCCACGAGGGCCGUGCAAUUGUGACGGGGUCUCCGGAUUGUUCUAUUCUUGCAACGGACGUUGAAACCGGCUCAGAAAUUGUUCGCCUGGAGAAUUGCCAUGGGGCUGCUGUUAAUCGAAUUGUUAAUAUGACGGAGUCAACUAUUGCUUCUGGAGAUGAUGAAGGAUGCAUUAAGGUAUGGGAUACCAGACAACGCUCGUGCUCCAAUACUUUUAAUGCACAUGAAGAAUACAUUUCAGAUAUUAACUUUGCAGCUGAUUCCAUGAAACUAUUGGCAACAAGUGGUGACGGGUCACUUUCUGUUUUAGCUGAUCAUGUUUCAAGUGCAGAAAUUUUUGGAUCAACUGUAUACGCAAAUCGCCAUGAAAGCAGCCAAUAA